AUGCCGCUACGGCCCUCCCUCGAACAGGUGAUGUGGGAAAACGGAGCGGCAUAUUUUUGCAUCCUCGUGUCUCUAAAUGUGGCGGAUAUGAUACUCACGAUACUUUCUAUCACAAUACAACCGGGCGCGGAGGCUUACAUCGCUGGGUUUAUUGACCCCAUCUCCUCCAUUUUGAACAGCCGCUUCCUGCUCCACCUCCACGAGACUAACGCGCGGCUGGAGGGGGCCGACGCAUCGAUGACCUCCUACUCUCUUCGCAUCGACAGCGGCGGCGACCCGAGGACAGGAUCACCCGAGCUCCCGCCGUUCCUAGGCAUAAUCGGGGGUCCUAUCCACUCAUUUCCCCCCGAUGACCAGGCAUCGCUCGACUUCGCACCGCAGUCACGCGAGGAGCCCAUACCAGACCCUGAAGCGGCACUGGGGAGUAGCGGGGCCGGUGAACAACCAGCGUGA